AUCCGACGUCUUGAUCAGCUCCAGCUGCGCCAAUGCUGUAUCAAUGCAUGCACAGAUGGCAAUGCUGUCAACAAAACUUCAAAGCAAAGGCGUGAUCCUUUCAUCCACCAUGACUUGCGCACCAGCGUUGGGAAAGCGCCAGUGACCUCAGAGCAGUAGGGGCAGAGAUCCGUCUGGCGAUCAUGCAUCUGCUCGGUGGUGCGCUCAAUCGCGCCCUGGCCCUCCAAGCCAAUCACAGGUGGAAUGCUGUCGCGGCAGGUGAAGCCAGCCAAUCUUUUAGGACCUUGCUGCAUGCAAACCCGUUUUCUUCUCUUUCAAAUGGAAGUGGCGGCAAGCAGAUCGCAGCGGUGGUUAAACGGUUGGACAUCUCAGCACACGCAGGGGCGGGACAGACUUCCGCAAAAAGCAGAUGGGUCGGUCCAGCCAGUCCUGAGGUGGUGCAACUUUUUCGGGGUCUCUUCAGCUCAGCGCUUAAGAGGAGGGCAACAACGCAGUUCUCACCAAUAGUAUCAGCUCCGAUCGAGAGGGUCACUAACCUAUCACGGGGGGUAGCUCAACCAUGGCAUCUGCAGUCUUUCAAAAGCAGCGCUUUCAAAUCAGGUCCUGGCACAAGGCAACAAUACAGGGGCUUGGUUACACAGGUCACUCCCGUGACUUCACUAGCUCGGCCAACGAGGGGACGAAACGUGCGGCGUUUAGGAGUAUUGAUCGGCGUCUCGGCUGUCGGGGGCUUGCUCUGGGCGGUAGCAGGAAACGAUGUGGAGCAGGUUGAGAGGCGCUUCAAGAUGCUGUAUGUGGUUCCGACCAGGCUGGCUAGGAACAUAGCGGUGGUCUCCACUAUUGUUACAGAUUACCUGGUGUCCUUGUACAACGUACCCGAGGGGCCAGCCAGGGAAAGAAUCAAGCACGAGUGCCACGAGCGCUGUGCAGACCGCCUUCAAAAGCUCUUCUUCAAGAACGGUGGUACCUAUAUCAAACUUGGACAACACGUUGGCCAACUGGACUACUUGCUUCCGGAAGAGUAUGUCCGCAUCAUGCGAGAGUCGAUGCUCGACAAGUGCCCUGUGUCUACGUACGAGCAGAUCAGCGCGGUAAUAGAGCGAGAGCUUGGGUUGCCUCCAGAGCAGGCGUUUGCGGAGUUUGCCCCCGUCCCUCUCGCCAGCGCUUCUUUAGCACAGGUCCACAAGGCUAAGACGCACGAUGGCCGACAGGUGGCUGUAAAGAUCCAGCACACCCAUUUAACGGACACAGCGUCAGCGGACACUGCGACCGUCGCAUUCUUUGUGAGGGCUGUCAAGUGGGCCUUCCCAGAUUACGACUACAGCUGGUUAGUCGCGGAGCUCCAAGAGUCCCUCCCCCGCGAGCUCGACUUCGUCCACGAGGGCCAGAACGCAGAGGCGUGCGCACGCAACUUCAAAAGCAAGUCCCCGCACCUCGCGCCGUACGUCAAGAUCCCGGAGAUCGACUGGAGCCUGACCUCGACCAAAGUAUUGACCAUGGAGUUCAUGGACGGGGUCGGGGUGACGGACGUGGCAAAGCAGAAGGAGCUGGGGAUUCGGACGGCGGACGUGGCACAUCUGGUCAGUGACGUUUUCGCCGCAAUGAUCUUCCACCACGGCUUCAUCCACUGCGACCCACACGGAGGGAACAUGCUCGUGACAACCGCGGAUCAGAAUGGGUCCAGGCGGCUCGGCAAGGCGAGACCUCAGUUGGUGCUGCUGGAUCACGGUCUGUACCGGAGUCUCGACAACAACUUGAGGUCAAAUUAUGCGGCGCUUUGGAAGGCUCUUGUGCUUGGAGAGGAGACCGGAAUUCGGCGGUACAGCACGGCCAUCGCCGGUGAGGACAUGUACAUUCUCUUCGCGAGCGUGCUCACGAUGCGCCCCUGGGACCAGGUCACCAACCAGCGGUUAGACCACCUGGUUAUGCCAGAUGACCCGGAGGAGCGCCUCAAGUUGCAGGGGUAUGCCGCCCAGUUCAUGAAGGAGACCACCGCUCUGCUGGCACGCCUGCCGAGAGUAGUGCUGCUCCUCCUGAAAACGAACGACUGCUUGCGGUCCGUGGACCUCGCAUUGGGCACCCCGGUUAACUCAUUUGUGACCACGGCGCGCGAGUGCACCCGUGCCCUGUCGCAAAUUCGAUACGAGCAGAACCCAGGUAUAGGGUCGUUAGCGAGGGGGGCGAUAGAUAAGGUGCGGGUUGAGGUAAGGGUGCUGCUGAUGCAAACGCUCGCGCUGUACGAAAAGGUGCGGGCGAGCAUGGUAUCCUGGGGGUCAUUGUUUGGAAAUAAACGAACGCGAGCAGGUGACGUGGUAGACGAGGCGCCGUUAGCAUUGGCAAUUCCGAGGGGUUUGCCGGCGUGAAUAUUGCCUUGAAUGGUUGCAUUUGGCUCCAUGGCAUCUAACUUGUGUCGAAUGAAUCAGAUGUUCCGCGUAACCAUCAGAUCAUCAGUAUCAAAUGCAGCGACUCGAGG